UCUCUCAAAACAGACGUUUCAACUUUCAAAGCUUCUCUCCAUUUUGAUUCCAGUUUUCUCUACUCUUUGCUGUAUUUCUGAGUUCUCGUGAGUUUUCUUUGCUGUAUUCUGAAUUUUAGUGAAAUUUCUUUGCUGUAUUUCCGAGUUUUAGUGAGUUUUCGUUGCUGUAUUUUUGAAUUCUGAGAAAAACUAUGACUCGAUUGGUGAAAAGCAAGGUAUCUACUGAUGCGAGGAAGUCUUUCAUCUGUGAUGGCAUACUCCGCAUGUGAAUCCAGAACUAGGCCAGGCCCAUGGCCUGAUACCUAUAAAACCAGGGAUAUGUAGGCAACUCGGAAACCGGAGCUCGGCCUCUGUCUUUCAAAAACCUCCCAUCCGGUCAAAAUUGGCCAUCAUUUCUGUACCCGAAAUCUCUUUCAUCCUUCCCGGCAACUGAGAUAAUACAUAAAAUACUAGAGCGCAUUCCUAUCCGAGAUGCUGCAAUAACUAGCGCCUUAUCAAAGCGGUGGAACCAGAUGUGGUCCACACUACCACACCUUGUGUUUGAUAGCCAAUUUCUUGACUUUGCAUUUAACUAUUCAUUUGACUCUGAAUUUGACGCAGGAGUGGGUAAUGCUGCAAGGAUAAUCAAUACAAUUCUCUUGCAGCAUACUGGACCUAUUCUCGGUUUCCAUUUUAUGUCAAAUGAUGAUUAUAUGGCAAAGUAUUUGGAUCCAUGGAUCAUCUUUGUCUCGAAGCAUGGUAUACAGAAGUUCACCAUACAUUUGCCCGAUGGCAGUUGUUUAUAUGAAUUGCCUUAUGGCAUAAUGACUUGCUCAUCAUUGACACAUUUGGAGGUUUUAGCGUCCACUGUCUUUAGGCCGUCCGAUUGUGUCAAAUUCCCCAAUCUUGUUAGCCUUGAGUUAGUAGACACUCAAAUUGAAUGUAAGCUAAUAGAAGACACUCUUAUUUUACCAAUGCUUGAGACUUUGAAGUUGAUAUCUUGCCGUGUUUUUGGUCGUAUGCGUUUGGUUGCUCCAAAACUUGAGAACUUAACUAUCGAUAACAUCGAUAUUGAAUACCUGAACCCAAUCGUUACUAGCAUUAAGCACCUCAGCUUGGAUAGGUCAUCCCUAGAGAUUUUAGCUGAGUUGUUUCAUGUGGCAGCAGAUAGGCUUGUUCUACCACAAAACCUGCAAACACUGAAAAUAUGUGCUUUGGGGAUUUCAGUUGAACAAUUUUCUGGUGCACUUGUCCUACUUCGUGGUUCACCUAACCUUUAUGAGCUUGACUUAAGUGUGGCAGUGGAGGUCGACGAGAGUCGCACUACGGAACUGUUUUCUUACUUGUCGAAGGCAGAAAGCCAUUUGAAUGAAGCUUUUAGGAUGAUUCAGAAGGUGAGAGUAAGGGAAUUCAAAGGAUCAAGAGCUGAAAUGUACUUAAUAAAACUCCUCCUUGCUUAUUCUCCAAAACGAGAGAAGAUCGUUGAACAGUUCAAGAACUGUAAUUCUAGUGAUUGUAUUGAACAUCUGAAGGAACUGAUCAGCUUUCCUCGAGCGUCAACCAAAGCAGUAAUUAAGUAGUUAUAAUCUGCUUCCCUUAUAUCAAGGUUACUGAUGCAUAAUGCCAGGGGAUUCGCUUCUGAAACAUGUUGUAGGAAGCUAAUGGUGUAGCGGACGAGUUGGCAAAGGAAGGAUGCAAUUUGAAUAUUUUUGGGUGCUUAAAGAUUUUCACAUCCCCUCCUACAUUUGUAAUCGCUUUGUUUAUUCGACUUUAGAGAAAAAAUUUAUUGCUUUUUAGUUGUUUAUUCGAUUAUAUUGAAGUCGUAUUUGUUUUGAGUGCUUAUUAUGAAAAUGAAAACUAAUUUGUUGAA